GUAUGGUUUUCUGGAAAACAUAUAAUGCAAAACAAUACAUUUUACUUUUACAAACAAAUUUCCAGUUGUAAUCUAAUAGAUUUAGUGACGGCAACUAAGAACCACAACUUCCCAUCAUAGGAACUGUAUCACUCGCUUUCGGGUUAUGUAAUUGUCCAAAACAUACCCGGCGUAGUAUAUCAUGUCCAAUAAAUAUUUAUGAAUGCCUGCCCUCAUCACGAACCCCCCCACUCGCUGUCAAAUCCCUGUGGAGAAAUUCCUACAAAGUGAACCACAUGGAAUGGAACUUCCGCUCGGUUCCGCACUCGCUUCACUGAGGUUGACAAACGGAAUGCUUCCGAGGAAAGUGAGGGAAACUCGCCCACGGAUAUGGGAAAAAACUGUCAUAUUUUAGGGUACGCUGUUUUGAUUUUUCCACUUUCCAUUUCGUUUCCCUUUGAUUCGGGGGAUUUAUCGAAUUCUAAUCACCUUAGUUUGGAGUAUAAAUAAAACUGUCAAUCAAAUGUGGCAAUCGACAUCGCAGUAAGCUGUGGGAGUGUGUUCUUUCACGUCAAAACUAGCAAAACAGCGCUGGCGCCAAAGUAUCGAAAGGGACAUCGAUAGAGGAUUGAGAAAUGAACUAUCUCCUGCACCGUCAACGAAGCCCCGGUGCGGUCAUACCGAUUCCAGAGGAACUGGAAGAAUUGAUGGGUGAAUUAAGUCGCGAAGUACUCCGCUCCCAACCGUCGGAUGUGAUUUCCUUUCUGGCGGACUAUCUCGAGGACAAGUUGGCACGCCGUGAGAACCAGCGAAUAGCGGAAAAGAUUGUCGACAAUGUGCUGGACUUUAGUCUGGACAUUGUGGCCAUGCUGGAAUCGGUCGGUAUUGAUUCUUUACGUGCCGAGGCCGCAGUGAAACGCAUCCGGGAGGAGUUUCAUCGUCACUUUGAGACGAAACCGGACGACGAACGAUUGCGUGAAACGUUCCGGGAGCGUGUCGUGCUUGAGCGGCUAGUCAAUGAGUGCCACUUUAGCGAACAGGAAGCGCGUAAAGCAUCGGAUAUAAUCGAGAAAGCGUACCGGACGUACUAUUUCCGAAAUGCGUAUAAGGAGCCACAUGCUGCGGGUAAGGAUAUGGACUGGCGACAGGCCGCAAAACACACGCUUGGUCUCUAUGCGCAGACUGAUCCAACGAAAGAGGAGAUGGAAGCGGCUGCACGUCGAAUUCAAGUGGCAUACCGUGCGUACUAUACGCGCAAGCGCCAGGAACUGGAUCGGAAGGCUAGACUAAUCCAACGAGCCGUUCGAAACCACCAAAGUCGUCGACUGGAGGAAGCAGCAGUUGUCGGUGUACCGUCGGAAAUUAUCACUCACGAAGUGCUUGAUAAUGAUCUGUAUACACCUUCGGAAGAUAUCCGUGAUUUAAUCAAUGUAGCACUUCAAAACACCGAUGAUUCGAAUCGUCCAAAAAAUAUUCAAACCACACAACAAGACAUGACCACCGACGAAGCUGCCACCUUGAUCCAAUCGGUGUUCCGUGGUCAUCAGACUCGAAAGCAAACCGUCCCAAAGGCUCCAACGCCCGAUAUGGACGUGGAACAAGCCGCCAUAUUGCUCCAAUCGACUGCUCGUGGACAUUUGACGCGAAAGCGUGUACAAGAGGAGAAGCAUCAGCAUGAAAUGGCCACCCUGCUGCAGUCCCACGCCCGUGGCUAUCUGGCCCGCAAGCGUCUACCGCGGAACGAUCCGUCAGACCCGGAGCCGUGAUUGUUUCGCCCUCCCCAGAUGCCUAAAUUUCCCGGAAGCCAUUCUACGAUGUACUUUCUCACGCUCUUCGCCACUCACCAUGGUAUGUACAUCGGCCAGGGCUGGUUUACCUUAUCCGUGCUUCUGGCUACGGUACUGCGACACUUUCCAAGCACCGUCAAAAUUUAAUUAAUUAAACCAUCCCCUCGUCAUGAA